CUGCUUGUAUUCGUUUAUAAGUAAAAACCUUAGAAUUGUAAGGUAGAUAUAGCUGCCAUUUCCUUAAUAGUCCCAUUACAUACUACCAUACAUUGGUCUAGAAGUAUUCAAAAGCCAGAAAUCUCUUGAACCUACACGUCAUGGAAUAUGUCGACUCAAUGUCCUCUACCACCACAGAUGAAGAUGGAUUCAAUACGCCAACCCAUACCAGCGUUUUCGAUGGACCAAGCGGUUUAGAAGCGUCUGACUUCCCGCAAAUGAUGAGUUCUGGAGAACCUCCUUCGGAGGGAAGCUCAUAUAUAAUCUUGGAUCCUGAGACAGGACUUGUUAUUGCACUGAGGAGUGGCAUGCUAUGUUUAGUCUCUCGAUACAAUGAAGGCGACGGCAGAAUUCAAUGGCGCUGCGUGAGGCACCCGGACAGGUGGUAUGGCUUUAGGAAUGAGGCUUCAAACACCUUUAUAGGACAUAACGAUCAUAGAAAAUUUAUUGCAGGGGCAAAUGUACAUGACGAUUGGGAGCACUUCUGGGUAGAGCACCACCGGGAUGGAGGUCACAUACUUCUUGUGAAGCGUGCGCAGUGGUUUCGUGUCUGGUUUGAACCAAUGAAAAUAGGUGGAAAUGACGAUACGCAAUUAGUGACUACUAGCGCACCGGAGGAAGGAACUGCAUGGAGGUUUAUCCGGGUUGACAGUGAAAUUUGAACUAGCUGUCUACUAUAUAUACGGAAAUGCUCCAGAAAGUGGAGCAACUCACUUUAUAUUGAAAAGGCUUUCAGUUUGCAUUAUUUUUAACUAUCGGCAAUAUAACAAUGUUGAU